AUGCUGGCGACCCCUCGCCCGGACUCCCAGCCCCGUCAGAAACAGGGAGGAGCUAAGAAGAAGGGUCGGCCGCACAAGGGCCCCAGUCAGAAGCCGGUGGACGAUGCAGAGGACGCAGCUGCAGGGCCUGGGUACAGGGAUAGGGCCCUGGAGCGUAGGCAGGGGCUCGGACCUGAGCUGACGGGGGUGCCGCAGGACCUCGUCAGCCUCAUCAACAACGACGGGGAGACCGCCCUGCACGGUGUGAGCUACGAGGAAAGCAAAUACCUCGGGGGCGACGUGGCCCACACACACCUGGUGAAGGGGCUGGACUUUGCGCUCCUGCAGAAGGUGCGGGCCGAGGAGCAGCGCGAGGCCGAGGAGGAGGAGGACAGCGACCGGGAGGACAGCGGCGACGAGGCCCCCGGACCCCAACAGGCUGCUGCAGGGCGGCGGGCGGCGCCCUUUGUGCCGCGCCACAUCGCCCCGCCGGCCUCGGCCCCAAAGGCCAGGACCGCGAUGGCGGCUGCCCUGCAUGAGUACCUCUUCACCCCCAAGCCCAAAGCGCUGGGAAUCACCGCGGCCGAGAUGUUCCAGCCCCGCCGCACCUCCUUCCUGUAUGAGGCGGAGGGGGGCGGGCUGGAGAACCUGCCCACCACUCUGCAUCGCGCCAAGGAAGACUGCCCCAAAGUGAAGGAGACGCUGCAGGGCGACCUGGACGCACGCAUCCUCGAGCGGCUGGUGAAGAUCAUGGCCUACAUGUCGGCCGCGAGUGGCGCAGCAGCCGUGAAGAAGAAAGUCAAGAAGAAGCAGCACCUACAGGGCAUCGUUUUGCCAGGCGGCGUGGCUCUGGCCGGGUCCCUUCGUCCUGACAGGGAUGCUGCGGCGCUCAAAGACGGUGCCGGCCCUGACGCAGAGGGCGCUGGGCAGCCAGAUGAUGGGUACGCAGAGUGCUACCCCAACUACUUUGAUGCUGCUGGGACUGUGGUGGACAGCGAGGGAGAGGACGAGAAGGCCGGGGAGGUCAUCCUCAGCCGGCUAGACUUUGACUCACAGGCCGAGUGGGAGGCUUACAGCGCAAGUCUCAAGCCCCAGGUAGCCGGCAAAGGCGCCAACCCCCGCAAGGCACAGCGGGAGCGCAACAAGGAGGCCAUCAAAAACAAGAACAAGAUGGACGCCCAGCUGGGUCAGAUUCGCGAUCUGAUGGAAAAGAAGGGACAGAGCUGCAAAUUUCCAUCCAUCCUCGAGAUCGUGUUGGAAACGGGCUCUAGCCUGCGCGCCGCGCUAGGGACGGGCAAGGGAGGCUUAGGGGUUGACUCCUACUUCAUUCAGAUACUGGCCUUCCUGAACCUGCUUUCUGCCCUGGAUGGUCAGGCUGCGGUGUCGGUCCGCUCCGUGAGCGACCAUGGCAGCACGCUGCUGUACGAGUCCUGGAAAGCGGGCACGGCGCAGGGCGCCGCCGCGGCGGUUCACGCCGCGCUCCUGGCCCUGGCCGAGCGGGAGGAGGGCGCGGAUGCAGCCAGGCCCACGCGGCGUGUGCUGCAGCUGUCGGCCGCCCUCUCCCACGUCCUGUGCCACGUCAACCGCCUGCGGCGCGGCGGCGACACGCCCGCCCGCGUGCUCUGCGUCCUGGCCUCCUCCGAGCCAUCCACGCAGUACAUUCCCCUGAUGAACGCCGUCUUUGCGGCCCAGCGGGACGGCGUCGUCAUGGACUGCUGCAAGCUGGGGAGCGGGGAGGCCAGGUUUGCGCAGCACGCCUCCCAGCUGACGGGGGGCAUGUACCUGAAGCCCAGCGAGCCUCAGGCACUCCUGCAGAACCUCCUGGUGCGCGUCGUGGAGGAGGGGUACCAGAUGGUGUUUGCGGCGGGGCCGGGUGCCCGAGCCCAGCUCAUUCUGCCCACCAGCGCUGGCGUGGACGGGGGCGCCACCUGCAUGUGCCACCGCAGGCCCCUGACAAUGGGACGAGUGUGCAGCGUCUGCCUGAGCGUCUUCUGCGAGCCCCUGCCCGCCUGUCUGACCUGCGGCUCCAAGUUUGUGACAGGCUGA